UGAGUGGGACCGAGUGAAAACAGUAUUGUUCUUUCAGUGUUUGUGUGGAGUGAUUGUAAGUAGUCAGAACAGUGAGGGAGGCUUUCAGCCGUCUGUAAAGUUAACAAAGCAAAGUCCUCUCCUUAUUUAGCUCUCAUUGUGCGUCUGUGUGAAUGAGUGUCAAAGAGAGAAUGUCAGCCGGAGGAGACGCGACUGUUGUUUAUGCGUUUGUGAGUGAGGGAGAGGGACGGAAAUAGAGGGAGGGGAGAUAGCGAAGCGGAGAGGUGCUUCUAAUUGCUUUCAUUUUUCUCUAAUGACCGCCGUGCCUCGAGGAGGAACGGAAACCCAGAUCGGCUGUCAGUCUCAGCACACACACUGCAGAGAGGACUCCUCGUUUGCACCUGUUGAGCGUAUUCGCGUCCAGCAGUCAUGGCCGUCUCCACAGCUGUGUGAGAGGGUGCCCGCGUCUAUCAGGGAUCUUCCUAUCUUACAGGAGAGAGAUGUCAUCGCUCUAUUCGCGCAGCAAGGACCUUUCCUCUCGCUCCAGAAAGUCCCUGUCCGACUCGCCGCCCUCCUCCCCGUCCUACAGCACCAAAACCUUCAGACAAGACCGGGCCUCAAGCAGGUCGGACUCUAGUGGUGUGGAGUCUCCGUCAGACAGACUGUCAGCUCGGACCAGCACUUACACACGCAGAGAGAACAGACUCGCCUCUCUGAGCAAAACAGAGGACGACUCGGCCAGCAAGGACUAUAAGAAGCUGUAUGAGGAUGCACUGACUGAGAAUGAGAAGCUGAAGUCUCGACUGGAGGACGGCAAACAGGAGCUCACCAAAAUCCGCUCACAGCUUGACAGAGUCACACAGAGGCAGGACAGAAUAUCAGAGAGGUCCACUGUAUUUGAAUCAGAAAAAAGGGAAAAAGAAGCAUUGGAGAAGAGGGUUUCGGACAUGGAAGAAGAAUUAAAGACCUUUCCCGCUCUGGCUCGACUACAGGCUCUCCGCAGGGGGAACGCACGCCUCCUACAGGAGAAUCAAGCCAUGCUGCGCUCCCUCGCUCGCCUCACUCAGACGGCCUCUCUCCCCGAGACGGACGAUCUCUAGUACCCCUCUCUAUCUCUCUCUGUCCUUUCCUCCUUCCUGUUCUCCGCUGCACCCUGUAGUCCUCCCCCUCUGUCCCGCUGCUGCUCACCUCUCAGGCAGGUCUCUCUGUUUCAUUCCUUGCAUUGGGAAAGCUUUUUCACCCCUUCUUUCUUUCUCCCUGUUUCUCUCCUGGGUCUGGGGAAGGGCAACCCCUCACAUUCCUCCUGCAGGCGGCGGCUUUGAAGAUAUUUAUAGAUCUUCCAAACCAAUGACCAAAGGUCUCUAUACUCCAGCAAUGUCCAAAUCAAAUCACAGCCUCUGUAUUGUCACAUUCUAGUCUCUGUCAACACAUCUACUCACUGGUUAUAAAUGACAUUACAGACUAUUGGAUGCCUGUAUUACACGGAUAGCAAUAAAAAAAUAAACAUACAAAUAAUUGUAAAAAUGAAACUAAAAUAGAAUACUGAUAUAGUAUGUAACUCGCUGGUUAUA